GCUUGGCCUGAUUUUUAUACGUUUUCCUUAUCUGUCCAGAGAAAGCAUGCCAUACACAUCAUGGCCACAGAUUCAGCAGCAAUAAAGGAUUCUGAAGCAACCCAUCAAGACCUUUAUUCUUUGGUUGGAGGUGUGCCUCCCAUUGCAUUCGUCAAACCCACCUAUAAAACAAAAUACAACACAAAACGAAAAGCAGAACCAUGGGUACUUCAGUCAUUUACCAACCCAGCUCGUCCCGAUGAUCUUGUAUUACAGCACUGGAUCAAAGCCAGUGAAGCAGAAACAAGCGAAUACAGUUUUGCCAAAUUCAACAAAGUUAUCGAUGUCAUCGAGUACUCCAACGAAGAAUACGAAAAAUACCUAACAGAUCCAGAGUGGACAAAAGAGGAAACCGAUUACUUGUUCGACCUGUGUCGCCGAUACGAUUUGCGUUUUCCCGUCAUUGCAGACAGAUAUCAGUACAACGACAGUUCAAGGUCAAUAGAAGAUUUGAAAGAUCGAUAUUGUAGUGUAUAUCGAGCUCUGCUGCGAACGCGAUCGGCAGUGGGCGAUGGUGUGCAUGAUCGGCAAACCAUUGUGCAACAGUACGCAUUUGACAAGGCGAAAGAAAUGGAGAGAAAACAAAUGCUUUUAGCGUUAUUCGAUCGAACAGCGGAACAAGUGGAAGAGGAGGAAGCCUUAUUUAUUGAAGCACGAAGGAUUGAGCAAAACGAAAUGCGGUUAACCCGUGGCCGUGAAAGUUUAUUAAACUCACUUCAACUCGAACAAGCGCAACAAGCUCCUUCCACGCCCAUGACACCGAUUCACAAUGGACCGAGUACCGGCGGGCCUCUAUCCACUCCCGGUGGGAUCGGUAUUGCUGGAGGAACCUCAAGUGCACCUGACACAAAAAAAAAGAAAAAGUCCAUCGUCGAUGAAGCCAGCGCUUCCAAGAAAGCACGUAGGAUAUCAAAUGCAUCGGCUGGCAUCGCAGAAGAGGUCCCAGAAAAGAAAGAAAAGCUUGUUCCUGGCGUAUAUGUUCGCAGUCAAAAAUUGCCUGGUAUCAAACCUACCAUGCAACAACGAGUAUUGAAACUGAUGGCCGAUCUCCAUAUUGGCGCGCGACCUGUUAUGCCUACUGAGCAAGUGUGUCGCAAAUACGAGCAUCUUCAAAAUACCGUAUUAAACUUAUUCGAGCUCAAAAAGGCACUAGACAAGAUGGAAGCCGAUCAAAAGAAAGGCGCGAGUGGCUCUGCAGGAGGUCGCGAAAAGCGACGCAAAGUAUAGUUUCCUAUUCACGAUAUUGUAUAUAGAUUGUUCCAAAGCGGGAAAAAUAUAUAAGAUUUUUUUUUCAAAGA